GAGCCGGGCGGGGCAGAGGCUGCUCGGUGUGCUGAGCUUCCCGCCCCGGCUGCGAGCACAGACCCAGCCUACCCCGGGCUGCAGCCGCCACCUCCGAGGCCAGGAAGCUGUGGUGGGUGUGCUCGGUGUCUGCUCACAGCCGGCUGCUCCUCAGGGAGAGCUCAGAUCGGGAUGUUGGAAAUGUGCGGGAGGCUCUGACUGGGACUUGCUGUGGGAUAAAAUAUGAAAUUCUCCAGGCUGGCCAGCAGGGAAGAGAGCAUGAUUGGAUCCCUGCGCUCCACACUCACCGGAUUUUGAGUUUCUGCAAGGAUGGAAAAUCCCCCUGCUGUGGGAUAAGCUGCCCCGUGUGCGCCUGCCUCAGCAUGCUGAAAGCUCCCACCUGGAUUCCAACAUCACACCAGCUCCUGGCCAUCAAACCUCGCUAGAACUUUGCUCAACUCCAGAGCCUGCUCAGCUCUGCCCUGCUCCUGCAGCCCAUGAUCCCAUCCCUCUAAUGAGCUGAACGAGCCCAGCGAGGAGCUCCAGGCUCUGUCUAACACACCGGCCCUGUUGCAGAGCUCAGUGGUGCUGCCAGCGGCUCCCCCAUGGCUGCAGCCAGCGGCGAGGGGACAGCAGGGACUCGGCUGCUGCCAGCUGGCACUGCCCUGGCCCUGCUCGGUGGCCUGGUCUACCUGGGCACCCUGUGUGCUGCCUGCAAACGGAAGGGCAGGAAGAAGGUCGCUCUGGACGGGGUGAAGCUCGUGGAGGAGGCCCUGCUCUGCCAGACACAGCUGCGCUCACUCAGCAAGUCGGACACGAAGCUGCACGAGCUGUACCGGGUGAAGGUCAGGGAUGUCCAGCGUCCGGCCAGCCUGGAUCUCCCCGGUGCCGCGGCCCCUGGGGGUGAAUCCCUGCACAGCUCUGGCCUCCUGCACCGUGAGCUGCCCCAGAUCCCCGUCCCUGAGCCCCCGGCCACCUCCCCAGCCCCUGACCAGACCUACUCCAACCUGCUCUUCACCCCUCUGCGCAAACCGGCGCCAGACGCUGUCUAUGAGUGCCUGGCAGUGGGGGACGAGGGCACCCCGGUGCCCCCCAGUGUCACCCCGGUGCCCCCCAUGCCAGCUGGCACCCAGCUGUCCCCUCCACGGGCUGGGCACGGCGCAGCUGAUUACGCCUGUGUCCAUAAAGUGAAGAAGGUGGUGUCGGUGGAGGUGCAGGAUGGGGCUGUGGCAGGACCCUCUGGAGCACAGCACGGCUGGGAUGGCACAGGCAGUGCCCCUCAUGCCAAGCUGGAGGAGAUGUAUUCAACAGUGUGCAAAGCCACCAAGAAGAAAUCCCAGGUCCCUGCAUCAACCCCAAGGGCUGUGAAGGACGGGGGAUCUGGGGGGCCACCCCCGUGCCAGCAGGAGGGGGCCCCGGCAGCCCCAGGCCCCCCUGACCCCUGUUAUGAGUCCAUCAAUGACAGAGCAUGGACUGCCCAGGCCCGUGGCCCCGAGCCUGACUACGAGGCUGUGGACAUUCACUGGAAGAAGGCAGCAAAAGGGGCCAAGCCAGGGAAGGGCUGUGUGCCUGAGAACCUCUAUGAGAGUGUGGUGGAUGUCUGGGCAGGGGGGUCCCAGAAAGGCUCUGCCCGCACAGCAGCCAACGGGCUGCAGGUUUACAUCACCAACCUAUAGCCCCCAGGAGCAGGGGCAGUGCCACAGGGGAGCCCACCUGGCUGGGCACCACUGGGUGCCAAAGUGACAGGUGCCAGCACCCCUGUGCCCACCCUGUGCCCUGCACUCACUCUCUGUACAUAUUUCCUGUUACUUUUCUAUGAGUGUCUUUGUCCCAUUCCAGCCCAGCUGGUGCCAGCAGUGGUGGGAUGUCCCAGCAUGGGCAGUUUGGGGGUGCUGGGUGGGACCCCAGUGAGAGAGGGCUGGCACUGGCACCAAGAUGGGAACAGGGUGGGGACCAGUCACGUUUUGGGGCAGGGGGGUGACGGGGCUGCAGCCAGCCCCCUGCCUUGGGCUGCAGGAUCAGAUCCCCAUCAGGAGGUUUCUGCCAUGCCUGAGGGUCUCUGUGCUCCUCACACUGCCUGGGGGAGAGCAGGGCCUCCUCCAGCCCCCAGGAAACCCUGAGAAGCUUUGCCCCAAAUCACAGAAUAUCCCUUGUUAUGGGGAGAUGGGGUCAGCCCUGUGCCUCCAUGGAAUCAUAGGAUAUCCAGAGCUGGAAAGGACCCACAAGGGAUCGAGUCCAUCUUCUCACCCUGCACAGGACUACACAGAAAUGUCACUGGUGUGGGCUGUGGGCUCUGCUCCAUCCUCCAUCCCCACCCUCUCAGACCCGUGCAAGGGUGUAUCCAUGGGUCACCAUUAAAAGGCUGAGAGAAAGUUUACACUCCUAAACCGAGUCUAAAUCCCUGAUUCUGAGGGCUCUUUCUGCUGCUGGUGCAGCUGGUGCUGAGGGAGCAGCUUUGAGCACAACGUGUCAGUGAGUGCACCAGCCCUGCAUGGGUGGUUUGGCACCUCUGAAAUGGGGACACACAGCCAUCAAGAGCUGCUCUUUGGGAGGAUCUGUGCCACAGCAGAGCCUUGCACAGGGCUGUGGUACAAACCAGGCUCAGCAUUUGCUUCCUUGCUCACCUCCCCAUCACUGCUGUGGGUCCUGCAGCCUCCGUGUGCCAAAAAAUCCUGGGUGAGCUGCAUGUGUACCAGAGCUAAACCUCCCCUCCUCUCCUCCCCGGUGGAGCUGCAUAUCCGUGCCCCAAGGGACGCGGUGGCAAUGACGGUGUGACAAUGACGGUGUCGCUGUCACACGGCCAGCGGCUGCCUGGCCUCGUGGCACGACGGCCUGGUGUGGCUGGGGCGGGGUGGAGCCCCCGUGCCGUGCCGGGCCGUGCCGUGCCAGGCUGUGCGGCAGGAAGCGCCGCGCCUCCCCUCAGCAUCUUUGCCCGUGCACCGCGGCGGGUGAAGAGAUUAACACCGAAAACGCAGCGCUCAGCAAACCCCGCUGGAGGUGUCAGAGCCGGAGGCACCCCAGGCGCCGUGAGCCAAACCACAGCGGGCCCCGAGAGCUUCUCCCAUCCCCCUGCGAGAUGGGGGCGCCGAUAGAGCGCGGCUGUGCCGCUGCUGCCGCGCUCCGCCUGCUGCCAGGCUGCCACAAGCACGCGUGGGCUCCCCCGCGCUGCCCCGGCCGCAUCCUGCCCCUGUUCCCCUUCUCCAUCACCCCAGCACUCACGGCUGGGGCCCGCCUGCACCUCCUGAACCCCCGGGAGCUGUUCUGGGCUCUGCUGCCAGGCACGGGAGCUUCAUUUCCAUGCGGAAUCAGUGGGGCUUCGCUCCGGUCCCCGCGUUGCCCAUGUGGGUGGGUGGCACAAGUGUGCGAGAGAGUGAGCGGGAGUGCAUGAGUGUGAGGGGGUGUGCAUGAUGUGAGCGGGUGUGCAAGAGUGUGAGUGGUGCCGUUCCCACAAGAGGGAGCGAGCAGGAGCUCACAGAGCACCCGGAGAGGCUGAACGGGGCCGCACGUCCUGUAAUCCUCACCCUGUGGGAUGUAGCGAGGGGCAGC